UUCACUUUUAAUUGUGUUUACGUGUCCCAAUUAAUCAUUUAAUUAGUUAAUUGUUUCAUUUUCAUUUCGAUUCUAGAUUAACGAUAAUCUAGCUAAUCAGCUUAAUUAAAUUUAUUCUAAGGUUGAUCAUCUAUUGGACAAUUUAUAAGAAGAUCAUUGAGUUGAUUUAAAUUCUUUUCUCUUUUUCUCUUUUCUUUUUUUUUCAUUUUUGUGAUUUAUGAGUUUUAUUUGUUUAUUUCCAUCUAAUAUCUAUUUGGAUAGUUAAUGUCACAAAAAUCUUCAACUACUACUAAUAUAAAUAAUAAUAAUAAACAGUUUCUCGAUUGGAUUGUACCUGGAUCAACUGAUUUUUAUUCGUCUUCAUUUACUUCUUUUAAUUCUAUUAAAUCAACAAAUUCUAUUUCUUCUAUUGGAUUAACUAACUCGGUGAAAAAAUCAAUGGCUGGUAAAAUGGAUGAUCAAGAUAUUCAUUUAUUGGAAGGUGAAAUGAUUAGUAAAGAUGGUUUCUCAUCUGGUAUUGAUCAAACAUCAUUUGAUACACUUGAUGAACCUGUUAGGGUAACAUUGUUAAGAGAUUUACAAAGUGUUGCCUCUAAGAUGAAAUAUAUUUUAUUUCCAAUCUCACGGACUGAAAUUCGUAAACAUUUUCUUCGUGAUUGGGAUCUAUGGGGACCACUUCUUCUUUGUACAUUUAUGGCUCUAUUUCUUCAUCAUUACAGUCACGAUGACGAUGAUCAUAUGAAAAAAUCUGGUCCACAAUUAUCUGAACUAUUUGGUUUAAUUUGGUUCGGUUCUUAUAUUGUCAGUAUUAAUUUUAAAAUGUUGGCUGUAUCUCCUAAUCCUCGUAGACGGAUAAGCAACACCAAAACUAUUUGUCCAUCAAUUUUUCAAUUACUUUGUGUUUUUGGCUACUGUUUAUCUCCUCCAUGUGUUGGUUUAUUAUUUUUAAAUAUAUUUAAAUUUAUCUUCGAUAGUGACACUUUGUUCAUAAUUAAAUUGGCUAUUGGAUCAACAAUUUGCUUUGCAUGGCCAACGCUUUCCUGUUAUAAGAUAUUAAGCCAAUUCCAGGAUAAAGAUAAAAUUACCUUGGCAUUUUAUCCGAUUGCUCUUUUCUAUUUUGUGGUUAGUUGGAUAAUUAUUACUUCACAUUGAGGAUAAAUUUUCAUGGAGAGUAAAGAGAAAAAAACAAUUCCACAAAAACAGUUAUAAAUUCGUAUACAAAUUCUCAAUUAUUUAUAAGAAAAAACAAGUUCCUUUUCAUCAAAAACUAAACAAAAAAAACAAGGUUGUAAAUGUAAACCCCCAAUAAAACAAGACAAUUUUGUCUUAUUAUAUUUGAAGAAACAAAA